AUGGCGGCGUGCGAGGCGGUCGAGAUGUCGGGAUACUCGGACGGACGCAGCCGCAGCGUGCACCCGGGGCGCAUCGGCGUGGUCUACGGGCAGAGCAACGAGGACGGCUACAUGACGACGCACCACGAGCGCGGCUGCGACGCCUACACGCUGCAGACGGUCCAGCGCGCCUUUGCCCCGGGCCGCGUGGCGCACCACUUUGGCUGGGAGGGCCCGACCUGGUCCGUCGACUCGGCGUGCUCGACCUCGUCGUCCAUCCUGCACCUGGCCACCGGCAUGUUGGCUGCGGGCGAGGUCGACAUGGUGGUGGCCGGCGCCUCCAACGUGAUAUCCAGCCCUCACGGCUGGUGCGCCCUCUCCAAAUCGGGCGUCCUGUCCGCCACCGGCAACUGCAAGCCGUUCCGCGACGACGCCGACGGGUACUGCCGCGGCGAGUUCGUCGGCGCCGUCGUUCUCAAGCGUCUCGAGGACGCCGUGGCCCACCACGAUCAGGUGCUCGCCGUCAUCGCCGCCACGGGCAAGAACCAGUCGGGCAACGCCGCAUCCAUCACCACCCCCGACGCCGGCGCCCAGGAGCGACUGUUCAGGCGGGUGCUUCGGACCGCCGGCGUCGCCCCCACCGAUAUUUCCUACGUCGAGGCCCACGGCACAGGCACGCCCGUCGGUGAUCCCUGUGAGAUGACCGCCAUAGCAGGCGCACUGGCGAGGCCUGGGUCCAGGGGCAAGGGCAAGGGCAAGGGCAAGGGCAAGGGCAAGGGCAAGGGCAAGGGCAAGGGCAAGGGCAAGGGCAAGGGCAAGGGCAUGGGCAAGGGCGAAGAGGAACGGUUGGUGGUGGGAGCGGUCAAGGCAAAUAUUGGCCACAGUGAGGCGGCGUCGGGCAUCGCGUCGCUUAUAAAAGGGGUCUUUAUGUUUCGACACCAGCUCGUGCCGCCCCAGGCUGGCAUGCCGCAUACUCUCAACCCGAGACUGUUGCCGCUGCUGGACCAGGCGGGCAUCGUGAUCCCGUCCUCCACUCGGUUGGGCGCAUUCGAAUCAGCGCCAGGCCGGCCGAGGCGGAUUCUCAUUAACAAUGUUGACGCUGCUGGUGGCAACGCAUGUUUCCUGCUGGAAGACCCCGCCGGCGUCCUCCCCAAACGCACCACCCCACCAACAGCCCUCACAACCCUCACAAACAUCACAAACAUCACAAACAUCACAAACCCACAGGAUUCCCCAUACCACGUAGUCACGGUCAGCGCGCGGACCGAGGCCUCGUUCCACAAGAACAAGCGUCGGCUCGUCGACUGGCUCGAGACGAAUCCCAACGUCCGACUCGCCGAUUUGGCUUAUACGACAACGGCUCGAAGGACCCACCACUCCCCAUUCCGUUUCGCCUGUGCCGCAUCGUCGAUCAAAGAAGUCGUCGGCUCCCUCGUGGCGGAUAUGGCUGCUACUCAAAUAGAAAGCGCAAAAGCUUGCGACACCGCCGUUGCCUCCAGAUCAACCACCCCCAAGGCGAGACCCGUGGUCUGGGUCUUUUCCGGUCAGGGCUCCGAGUACCCAGACAUGGGCAGCGAGCUCUACCAGACCAGCCCGGUGUUCCGCGACACGGUCGACCGCUGCGUGCAUCUGUGUGCAAACCAAGGCUUCCCCUCGUUUUCCGACAUGAUGCUGUCCGACGGGGCAGGUGCAAAGCACGACAGCAGCGGCGUCGACAGGACCGUGAAGAAACACCUCGCCCUGGUGACGCUGGAGCUGGCCCUGGCUGCCUUUUGGCGCCACGCCGGUGUCGAGCCUUCCGUGGUCGUCGGCCACUCGCUAGGCGAGUACGCGGCCCUCCACGUCGCCGGCGUGCUCUCCCUCGCCGACGUGCUCCACCUCGUUGGGAACCGCGCGAGACGGCUGGCUGCAGUAUGCGAGCCCGGCGCCUGUGGCAUGCUGGCCGUUUCAGCCUCGGCCGACGCUGUCGGGGCGUUUUUGCACAGGCGACGGGGCGGCCUGCUUUCGUCGUGUUCCAUCGCCUGCAUCAAUGCACCAAACGCCGUCGUCGUGAGCGGCAGCGCGGCAGACCUCCUCGCCGCUCAGGAAGCCCUUGGCCAAAAGGGCAUCCGGUCCCAGCGGCUCGCCGUAGACUUUGGCUACCACUCGGCCCAGAUGGAUGCCGUAACCUCCGACCUUGAAAGGCUCACGGCGGCCGUGUCCUUUUCGGCGCCCAAGCUGGCGGUAGCCUCGACGAUGCUCGCGUCCGUCGUCAAGGCCUCGGACAAGAUUACCAUCAACGCCGAUUAUCUGGCUCUACAGACACGUCGUCCUGUAAACUUUGUCGGGGCGGUCCAGGCUGCAAACGCCAGCCUGGGAGGAACAGACAAGGCCAUCUGGCUCGAGAUGGGUCCCCGAGCCGUCUCAAGCGUCUGGCUGGUGUUCUGUCUCCAGUUGCCUGGCUGA